CCAAGAUGGCGCCGUCUAGUGGCGGCGGCGCGCGGUCCUCGUUUCCCGCCGCCGCCGCCGCCCGCCGCCGCCGCCGCGGGGGAUGCCCGGGCCGGCCGGGUGACGUCAGUUCCGGGGUGGGGCGGAGUGGUGCAAUGAGGGACUGAGAGGCGGACAAAAGACGGGGCUCCGACGCGGGAGGCGCCACCAGCACAGCAAGGUCCAUGGCGCUCGGAGGCUGCCUCCCCACCCAGCAUCCCUGCCCGGCCAGCAGCUUUGAACUCCAGCCCAGAUUGCUGAAGUGCAGAUAGCAGAGCGGAGAGGAAAGCCGGCAGCUUUUUCGGACGGGGCAGUGGGGGGGGGGCAUCCCGGGAAUGACCGGCUUGAGUUACGACAGCCACAGAAUGGGUGCUUUGAAGCAAAUAAAAUCAUACAUGAUUCUCCUGUGAUCUUGUGACUUCACCUUGGGCAGGCCAGCUUGAGAACUGGCUAAGGUAUUUUUGAGGACAUGUGAGCCAUGAUUCCUGUCACGGAGUUGCGCUACUUUGCCGACACCCAGCCGGCGUACCGUAUCCUGAAGCCCUGGUGGGAUGUCUUUACGGACUACAUCUCCAUCGUGAUGCUAAUGAUCGCAGUAUUUGGUGGGACCCUCCAGGUCACCCAGGACAAAAUGAUCUGCUUGCCUUGCAAAUGGGUUACCAAAGAUGCUUGCAACGAUUCUUCCCGCGAAUGGACGGUGGGAAGCGUGGACUCCAGUUACUAUAAUGCUUCUCUGGGGCCAUCUGUGGAGCCUGGGCCCACCGGGAUCAAAUAUGAACUUGACCGUCACCAAUAUAACUAUGUGGACGCCGUGUGUUACGAAAACCGCCUUCACUGGUUUGCCAAAUAUUUCCCCUACCUCGUCCUGCUGCACACCCUCAUCUUCCUGGCUUGUAGCAACUUCUGGUUCAAGUUCCCCAGGACCAGCUCCAAGCUGGAGCACUUUGUCUCCAUCCUCUUAAAAUGUUUCGACUCUCCCUGGACCACGCGGGCUCUGUCCGAGACGGUGGUGGAGGAAAGCGAUCCGAAGCCAGCCUUUGGGAAGAUGAACGGCUCUAUGGAGAAGAAGUCUUCCAACGUCAGUGAAGAUGUGGAAGCCACCGCCCCAAUGCUGCAGAGGACCAAGUCUCGGAUUGAGCAAGGGAUCGUGGACCGCACAGAGAACGGCGUCCUGGACAAGAAGGAAGGGGAGCAGGCCAAAGCUCUCUUUGAGAAGGUCAAGAAGUUCCGGACCCACGUGGAAGAAGGAGACAUUGUCUACCGCCUCUACAUGAGGCAAACCAUCAUCAAGGUCAUCAAAUUCAUCCUCAUCAUUUGCUACACGGUCUACUACGUCAACAACAUAACCUUCGACAUUGACUGCAAAGUGGACAUCGAGAGUCUGACCGGCUACCGCAUGUAUCGCUGCGCUCACCCCCUGGCGACCCUCUUCAAGAUCUUAGCAUCCUUCUACAUCAGCCUGGUGGUCCUCUACGGCCUGAUCUGCAUGUACACCCUGUGGUGGAUGCUCCGGAGAUCCCUCAAGAAGUACUCCUUUGAGUCCAUCCGAGAGGAGAGCAGCUACAGUGACAUUCCCGACGUCAAGAACGACUUUGCCUUCAUGCUCCACCUGAUUGACCAGUACGACCCUCUCUAUUCCAAGCGCUUUGCGGUCUUCCUGUCAGAGGUGAGCGAGAACAAGCUCCGGCAGUUGAACCUGAACAACGAAUGGACCUUGGAGAAGCUGCGCCAAAGGAUCACCAAGAACUCCCAGGAGAAGCUGGAGCUGCACCUUUUCAUGCUCAGCGGCAUCCCCGACACGGUCUUCGACCUGGUGGAACUGGAGGUCUUAAAACUGGAGCUCAUUCCCGACGUCACCAUCCCGCCCAGUAUCGCCCAGCUCACGGGCCUCAAGGAACUGUGGCUGUACCAUACGGCGGCCAAAAUUGAGGCCCCGGCUCUGGCCUUCUUGAGGGAGAACCUGAAAUCCUUGCACAUCAAGUUCACGGACAUCAAGGAGAUUCCGUUGUGGAUUUACAGCCUGAAGACGCUGGAAGAGCUUCACCUCACGGGGAACUUGAGUGCCGAAAACAACCGGUACAUCGUGAUCGACGGUCUGCGGGAGCUGAAGAGGCUCAAAGUGUUGAGGCUGAAGAGCAACCUGACCAAGCUGCCCCAGGUGGUGACGGACGUGGGGGUCCAUCUCCAGAAGCUGUCCAUCAACAACGAGGGCACCAAGCUCAUGGUCCUCAACAGCCUGAAGAAGAUGGUCAACUUGACGGAACUGGAACUCAUCCGCUGCGACCUGGAGCGCAUCCCUCACUCCAUCUUCAGCCUCCACAACCUGCAGGAGAUCGACCUCAAGGACAACAACCUCAAGACCAUCGAGGAGAUCAUCAGCUUCCAGCACCUCCAUCGCCUCACUUGCCUUAAACUCUGGUACAACCAAAUUGCCUACAUCCCCGUGCAGAUCGGCAACCUCACCAACCUGGAGCGCCUUUACCUGAACCGGAACAAGAUCGAGAAGAUCCCCACCCAGCUCUUCUUCUGCCGGAAACUUCGCUACCUGGAUCUCAGCCACAACCUGUUGACUUGCAUACCAGCGGAAAUCGGAGCGUUGCAGAAUUUGCAGAACCUGGCGGUGACAGCCAACAGGAUUGAGGCUCUCCCCGCCGAGCUGUUCCAGUGCCGGAAAACAAGGACUUUGCACCUGGGCAACAAUGUCCUGCAGUCGCUGCCUUCCCGGGUGGGCGAGCUGACCAACCUGUCUCAGAUCGAACUGCGGGGCAACCGCCUGGAGUGCCUGCCGGUGGAGCUGGGCGAUUGCCCCUUGCUGAAGCGCAGUGGGCUGGUGGUGGAGGAAGACCUCUUCAACACCCUGCCUUUGGAGGUCAAGGAGCGACUGUGGCGGGCGGACAAAGAGCAGGCUUGAACCCGUUGCCGAGGAGGAGGAGGAGGAAGCAGCAGAUGCCGCUGAGCUGGGGAGCUGCAGCCUGGCCCUUUUCCUGCCUUUGACCCCGCUUCCCUGGCCCCCUGCUCUGGAGACCUUCACCCAGGGGCCAGGGCUCCCUGACUGACAGCCAAGAAGGAUCAGGAGUGGCUGGGAAUGAGACCGUUUCUCUGCUUCAGGAAGGAGAGGAAAAGCAGGACAAACUCUGGGGAAGGGAUUGUGACUCGGCCCGUCGCUCUCAGUGGGGAAGGACGUGGGAACUGGUCCCCCGAGGCUGAGGCUGGCACGCUCGGAGGAAUUUCCCACCGCUGUGUGUUGGGGCAGAGAGCCUGGCCCUGCGGCUGUGUUGAGUGGUCCCGUCCUUGAGUGCUUCGCCCCAUCCGAAGGGGAGAAUGGCGUCCACCUCUCCAGCCACGCAUUGCGCCAAAUCCAGUCCUACUCCCAGCGAUGAGGCUCAGAUCCUCUCCGAGAAGUGGAUCAGAGAAGAUGCAGCCUUUUUUUUUCCACCCAAUGGUGGCAUUUUUUUUUUAAAUUGUACUUUACUUUAGAACCCUAUUUGCAAAAGUCUGACCUAAACCCCCUUUGUCCUGGAGUUUCUCCCCAAACUUGAGGUUCCCCAAAUCGUGAUGGCAGAAAUCACUCGUGUGUGUGAGAUCGAAGAAUUUCCACAUGAAGGAUGCCAGUCUGUAUUUUUCCAUUUAAAAAAGUCUUAGCAGUUGUAAAAAAAAAAACAGCGUUAGGCAGGCAGGGGAAAUUGUUAAUUUUUAAACUGACAUUGGACAUUCCUUAUAGGACUUAACACACAUGGCUGCAGUUGGGAAAUGCCCGUUCAAGGGGAACGGGGGCACUGACGAUAACACUAAAAAGAACCUUUAACGUACCCAGUAGUUUUUUUUUUUAAUCUGCUACCAGCAUCUUUCCAGGAGACUAAGACUCCAUCAGUAUUCCCUUUACAGUUUUUCUUUUAAAAUAACAGCUGGUCUGUUUUUCGCUCUUUUCGUUUUUGAAGCCUCAGUUGUCCAAAGAGACACGAUUUCGCCUCCAUUGUCCGGUUUGACGCAGCACCAAACGGGUCGAUUCCCUCCCAAGUUUCGAAAAGGCGUGGCCGAAAAGGCAGAGCAGGGGUUAGGGGUUUUUGCCAGGGGAGGGGGCCGGGCGCAUUUCUUUGCAAGGAAGACAGGAGUCGAAUUUGCACUAGUGAAAAGGGGUUUUUUUUUACCCUCCACAAGUGGCCUAAACUUUCCACCCUGUUUGCAUUUCCACCUGCCAGGUGAGCAAGGAAUUAAGUUCCCAAAGUUCUCAGCCAGGAUGGAGUCACAGUGUCCCCUAUUCAGAAGGACUGGGACUUACUGAGUCUGCCGUUCCCAAAAAUAUACACACUAUAUAUACAUACAUUAAAACUAAAAUAUCGUAUCUGGAAGAGAGUUGCUCCCUUCAGUCGAAAUGAAUUGCACAGGCUUCGAUCUGUGAAGAAGGGUAGAGCAGCCAAAGCUGGUUGCCAUCUCUUCGGGCACCCCUGCCACUGGAAGGUUGGUCUUGGCUGAUCUCGAAGAGGUGGGGGACCUCUCUUUUUUUUCCCCUUCUUCCCUUUUCCAGCAGUCAACGGGACAAGCUUCCCUGCUGCCUCCGUCCGCCGUAUCAGGAAGGAUUUCUGCAGGCUGGCAACGCUACCAACAUCCAGAGCGAAGUGACCCAGGCACCGGCAUUGUUCGUAUUUAAAAUAAAGCUACUUGGAAAUCCUCAAGAAA